CACUUCACAGUUCACACUGUAUGUACAGUGUGCAAUGUGCAAUACGCAUGCUCAAUAGACACAGUGAACCAUACACUAACUUAAGCUGAUUAUAGUUUUAUUAAUAAAGUAUACUGUGCGUUUGAAAUAAUAUUUUUAUCAGUACGUUUAAUACCCCUUUAUAUUUGGCUGCUAAUGUGAGACUUUGCAGUUGUGCAAUAUUACAGGUAGUUGAAUUAGAAAGAAGUUUGUCCAUGAAAUAAUUUAUUUUAACUUAUUACGAAAAUGCUGACUCCACGAUUUGAGAUAACUCAAACAGACACAGAAGUUGCAAUAAUUGUUCAUGCACCAUAUGCUAAUAUUAAAGAUACAGAAGUUUAUAUUGAUGGAACGGACUUCAGAUUUUUUUCUACUCCAUACUAUUUAAGGCUGAAGUUACCAGGUGAAAUAGAAGAGAAUGAUUCAUCGUUUGGUUCUUAUGAUUGUGAGAAAGGAGAUUUCUCCUUAAGAUUUUCAAAAGUAAUAAAAGGAGAGUACUUUGAAAAUUUGGAUAUGAUAACAACAUUAUUAGCACCACCAAAAAAGAAAAGUACAAUUGUCCCCAAUAUUGAAGUAAUUGGGAAUCCAUCUGCAAACUCUGAUGAUAUUAAUGAUAUAUCUAAUGAGAACCAGUUCAUAGCACUUGACGAAAGUACUGAUGGAGAUGAAUGGUAUAUAAAUCAAAGUAAUAUCACAGAGAAUAUAACCAAUCUUCUAACUAUAUCUCCUAAAUAUGGUUUUGCAAAUAAAGUAUCUGGCGCUUUAGCUGCUUUCGAGUCAGCUUGGAUUAAAGAAAUAAUAGAUCUUCCAAUGCCAGAUACAACACCACAAAGUGAAAGAAGAGGAUUAAGGGAGAAACGUGAAAUUGAAGAUUUUAACGAAGAGCAUUAUCUAGCAGAUCUUAUGCAACCUGACUGUAUAGAACCAUAUAUUUCAUAUGUCGCAGAGUGGGACACUUUGGAUAGAGAAAAUGUAUCUUUAGACGGAACUCAAGUGGAUUUAUUAAAAGAACUUCCAAACAAAGAAUAUUUGUUAAAUAAUGAGGAAACCCACAAGCUACUUUUAGGUUUAGUUGACAUUUUAUUUGGUAGCUGUUACAACCACAGGACUACAUUGGGUGAAAAUACUGUUGAGAGUAGUUGGACCAUUAAUAAAUUAAGUUCAACCUUGUCUUGGUUUGAUGAAUUUUGUGAUGCAGAGGAAGUUGCAAAAGCAUGCUUCAGAAGAUCUAUAUGUUAUCCACUUUUUAGAAAUUGUGAUUUGUCCAACAAAAUUCUAGAAGAUGUAAAGAAAGUUAUCAAAUUAGGUAAAAAAUAUAUUAUAAAACGUCUUUGCGAAAUACAUAGUUUGUUUAACAAUUCAUACGAACCUCGAUAUAUAUUAAAUCAACUAUAUAUAAAAGACUACUUAAUUUGGUUACAACAAAUUAACGAAUCUCUAAUAGAAUCUUUGGAUUCACUUAUUACUAAUGUUCAUGUUUCGAAGGAAGAUAUGCAUCUUGAUUUAACAGAAUUAGAACAAGCGGCUUAUUCGGUACAAGAAGAAGAUCUUAUUAUAGAAAAUUCUGUUCACGAAAUAGUAGACCAAAUGGACGAAUUAACGGUUAAUGGCAAUGACAACGAUAAGCCAAAGACUAUAUACUACAUUAAAGACAAACAUUCUUUAAAGUACUUACUGUCGAGCAGUUCAAGUGACAGCAGUGACACUGACUCUGAAAGCGAUUCAGAAAGUAGUACUUCAAGUACAACCACGACGAGCGAUAGCAAUAGUUUGGAUUCCGAUGAUGCGAGCGAACCAGAAGAGAUUACAAAUUAAUACUUGCGAGAUAUUCGGUAUUUCUGUGUGUUUACUAUUUCAUAAAAUCUUUGUAAAGGUAACAUUUUUGAAAACUUUUCGCUAAAAGCUAAAUUUAUAUAUAAUAUUCUACCUUUAUGUGUUCAUAUAAAUAUUUAUACCUCUGCAUAUAUUUGAAUCUGUUUUUAAGAUUGCAAGUAACUUUUACAGAUAAUAUCUUUUAUUUCUCUAUUUUAUAAUUACAUUAACGUGUAGUUAUGACCGUACAUGUAGAUAUACACACUGUAUUUCAUCCCUAUUCAGUGUAAGUAUGAUUGAUUUAUUAAAAGAUAUAGUAAAUCCAA